GAUUUUGAACAACAUGAAUUCAAAUAACCAAAAUACACAAGAUUAUUAUAAUUUAUCAAUGGACCAAACUGAAGACAGCUCCGUUUCUCAACAAAUUCUUAAUAAUAAUAUCAAUGACAAUAUCCAACAUACUUCAACUAACGACGUAGGCAUAUCUAAUAUGAGUCUAAACGCCUUGCAUAAUGUCGCAACUUCUGCACCUCAAAACGUUACAUUUGAAUUUUACUUUCCUUUACCGAACGAUACACGUAUCUAUCACGUUACAUUUCAGUAUAUCGAAUUACACCCAUUAGAAAAUGUGAGACUCUUGAAUGAUAGAAUUAAUCUAUCUCACAUUCCUGAUUACCAGUUAUCGCAUCAUUAUAAUUUACAAUUCCUAAUUCAACAACAGAUUCAGCAACAAGUUCAGAAUCCUAUUUAUCAGCAAAAUGAUAUUCAACAACAAUCCUUCAAUAAUACUCAAUCUACUUCCCAAGAAGUAUAUUCAAAUAAUGACACCUACAGUAACGGAACUGUUUCUUACAAUAUGCAAGAUACGAGGAAUACAGGAUUCCAGAAUUCUUCCUAGGAGCUAAGAAACUAUUUCCUCUUUUUUUAUUUUAUUUAAAGUUCGAAAUAAAAGUUCCAUGAAAUGAUAAAUUCUUUAUACAGCUGAG